CCGCGGGUUAGGGUAGUGGAGUGUUGGUGGAUGCUGUUGUUCCCUCUAUAAAUUCAAAACCCUAAACCCUAUAUUUCUCAGUUCGGUUCCGCUGUUGCGUUGCUCUUCACCUUCUAGCCGUAUACAACCUUUAUCGAAGAUGGCUCCUCCCAGAGGUGGUGGAGGUUUCAGGGGUGGAAGGGGUGAUAGAGGAAGAGGAAGGGGUGGUGGAGGAAGAGGAGGAGACAGAGGUACUCCGUUUAAGGCCAGAGGUGGCGGCCGUGGCGGUGGACGCGGUGGCGGCCGUGGAGGAGGACGCGGUGGCGGCCGCGGUGGUGGCCGAGGUGGAGGGAUGAAGGGUGGCAGCAAGGUUGUUGUUCAGCCUCAUAGACAUGAUGGUAUUUUCAUUGCCAAGGGCAAAGAAGAUGCUCUUGUUACCAAAAAUCUUGUUCCGGGAGAAGCUGUGUACAAUGAGAAAAGGAUCACUGUGCAGAAUGAAGAUGGUUCAAAAGAUGAGUACAGAGUUUGGAAUCCCUUCCGCUCGAAGUUGGCUGCUGCUAUCCUUGGUGGAGUUGACAACAUAUGGAUUAAACCUGGAGCUCGAGUUCUUUAUCUAGGAGCUGCUUCUGGAACCACUGUUUCUCAUGUGUCGGAUGUUGUCGGCCCAACUGGAGUUGUUUAUGCAGUAGAAUUUUCCCAUAGAAGUGGACGAGACUUGGUCAAUAUGGCAAAGAAGCGCACUAAUGUUAUACCAAUUAUUGAAGAUGCUAGACAUCCGGCUAAGUACAGGAUGUUGGUUGGAAUGGUUGAUGUCAUAUUUUCUGAUGUUGCCCAGCCUGAUCAGGCAAGAAUUUUGGGGCUGAAUGCUUCUUAUUAUCUCAAGGCAGGAGGUCAUUUUGUUAUUUCAAUCAAGGCAAAUUGCAUAGACUCCACAGUCCCUGCUGAGGCAGUGUUUGAAAGUGAAGUCAACAAGCUGAAGGCAGAUCAAUUUAAACCAUUCGAGCAAGUCACCCUUGAACCAUUUGAGAGGGACCAUGCCUGUGUGGUUGGUGGAUACAGAGUGCCGAAGAAGAAAGAUGCUGCCAAGAAGACUUAGAUUUGUGUUAAUUGUCUUAAAACUCUUCAAGCGUAGUUCUAUUUUGCUAUUAUCUUUUUGUCAGUAGCUUUUCACUAAGAAUGUGUUGACUCGUACCUUUAUCCUUCCUCAAAAUAUCAACAUGUUCUUCACAAAAUUACGUUCUUAGUAUUGAGAUCAACAGCGUUGCUUGCAUGUUCCUACUUGUGAAUCCAGUUUAUUUUUAUUUAAUGAAAGUAUAUGAUUGCAAGCAUAUGUCAA